GCAGUGACUGCGUGACCUCUGACCUCAGACGUGCUGCAUGUUUGAUAUUAACAGCUGAAUGGAAGCGUGACGCGGCCCACAUGCAGGUUAGCAUAAAGAUGCACAGAUGGUCAAGACUGUUUUUAGUGAAUCGCUCUGAACGAUGAUGAUGAUGCUCAGAAUGGGAUGUUGCUGCACCGUUUGUUUAUUUUUCUCGUGGAUGUCUUUAUUUUUUCUUUUUGAAUCCAGCUUAAUAUGAAGAAAAGAAAACAUCAAAAAAGAAUAAGAAAUUAAUUGAUCAAAAAUAUCUAGGUUGACUCGGGUCUGACUCAGAUCAUCAGAAGACUGUAAAUGUGUUUUCACUUGUAAUGCCAGAAUAAAUCUGAAGUAUCUUAAAAAACAUAGAGGAAAGUCUGAACUAUUGCCCGUUUUGAUUAUUUUGCCAGGAAGAUCAGAGACGUUUCUGUGAAGACAGAUUCACACUGCUGUGUUAAAGUGGCUCCAAGCGAAUAAAAUACCAUUAGAACCUUGUCUACAAUGUUUAUUUCAUUUUGUUUACAUAUUUCUUAAGUAAUUUAAAUUAUAUUUUUACUCUUCUUUUAUCAUACUUUAACUCAAUCGCAAUCUUUACCAAGCCAUAAUUCAGAGUUUGCCUUGAUAAACCUUCCUUUUUAACAAAUUCUGUGAAUUUCAGUUCAUUUUAAAUCUACAUUUUUAAAUUCACAAUUUAGUUCUGUUGUGACACAUUAAAAAAGUCAGAUAUGAGAAAUAAAUCAGCUUUUUAAGUGCAUAAUAAUGCAUUGCCCUAAACAGUACUUCAUGGCAUUUAUUUUUUCCAGACUGAUUUAUGACUGAAUAAACCGCUUUAAUGAAGUGUUCAUGCUGAAGGUUAUUCACGCUCUUAUUAGUAACUAAUUAUGACUGUUUCGCUUCAUGUUGCUCUGUUGUCAAUUGACAUUCAUUUCUGUAGCACUUAUACAAUACAGUGUGUUUUAAAGAAGCUUCACAGAAAAUAACAGAAUCAUUGUUGCAAACUUUAUCAAAUAUGAGACCAAUUCAACUGUAAAGCAGUGUUGGGGGUAACACAUUACAAGUAAUGUAAUCAGAUUACUUUUUCAAGUAACAUUACUUUGUACAAAAUAUCUGAGUUACUUUUUACUUGUUACUUUUUCAGAAAUCAGGAGUAUGUGCAGAGACAGUUGCUCUUCCUUUAGUCUGAGGAUUAUUCAUUUCACUUUUGGUGUGAAACAACCUUUACAGCUGCCCAAACUCUUGUGCUUUUGUUAUUAAAAACUAAAAGCAAGCCCAGCCCAGGUGACAAAAAGUAACAAACAUAAUGCAAUGCGUUACCUUCAAAAAAAAAAAAAAACUAAGUAACAGUUAAUUUUUUAUAGAGUCUUAAACCUCUGAAGUCUUAAACCUGCAGGGUCAGGCAGUGUCAGUGUGAGAUUGGGACGGGAUUGAAUGUUUGUGUGAGCAGUGAUUGUUAAACUGGUUUAGAAACAGUGAAUCAUCUUCAGUUGAGUUUACCAGUGUGUUUGUUAGGAAGCCUGAAAAAAGGCUGGUUUUCAGGGUGUUUGCUGUGAUGUACUGGCUCUGAAUGCUGUGUUUUGAGCUGGUUCAGUGUUUUUGCUCAGUUUGGCUCUAUCAUCUGCUGCUCUGCAGUCGGUGAAUCACAGAAUGACCGGAAGACAAGCGUGUGCGAGAUCCUCUGCCAGCCGUCGCUGUCUAAUAACUGGCUUGGUCCAGCAGAGAGAUGCUGAAGCGCGUUUGCCAAAAGCAGCACUAGCCGCUCACAGAUUUUCCCCCGCGGACGCUCGGCCUUUGGAAGCCCUCAAGCGGCGCGGUUUUGCCGGCAUAGCAUUCGCCCUGGCCGUGCGUCUGCUGUCCGUGUCCCCGGUGCGACGCCUCUGAAAAGAGCGUCUGUUGGAGGGCCAAAGUCGUCCCACAUUAAUCAUCGGCGUACAAAUGUUCUCCUGAACGGAUGCUCCGAUCCGCGGCCUCCUCCCGAGAGCCCAUCUGCGGCCCCGGCUCUGAGCUGCUGGAUUUACGGCUGGUGUCCAUUACAUCAGCUGUUGCCGGGCGGAGCGGAGCAUUGCUGACAACACGAGCGGCCCGUAACUAUUCCAAACAUGAUUGGCACGCCUGCUUCCCUUCUCAAUGCUUUAUGGUGGUCUGGUGCUGGUCCAGACUGGUUUAUGCUGGCUCUGAUCUAAUCCAGAAUGGUUCAUGAUAGUUUGAUGCUGGUCCCGAAUGGGUUAUACUGGCUCUGAACUAGUCUAGACUGGUUUAUACAGGUUUCUGUGAUAAUCCAGACUGUUUCAUGGCAGUCUGGUGCUGGUCCAGACUGGUUUAUACUGGCUCUGAUCUAGUCCAGAAGGGUUUAUGAUUGUUUGAUGCUAGUCCACACUGAUUUAUACUGGCUCUGAACUGGUCUAGACUGGUUUAUACAGGUUCUAUGAUAGUCCAGACUGUUUCAUGGUGGUCUGGUGCUGGUCCAGACUGGUUUAUACUGCAUCUGAACUAGUCUAGACUGGUUUAUACAGGUUCUGUGACAGUCCAGACUUGUUCAUACUGGCCUUGAGCUGGUCCAGACUGAUUUAUAGUGGUUCUGAACUGGUCUAGAAGGGUUUAGGAUUGUUUGAUGCUAGUCCACACUGGUUUAUACUGGCUCUGAACUGGUCUAGACUGGUUUAUACAGGUUCUGUGAUAGACCAGACUAUUUCAUGGUGGUCUGGUGCUGGUCCAGACUGGUUUAUACUGCAUCUGAACUAGUCCAUAUUGGUUUUUACUGGUUCUGUGCUGGUCUAGACUGUUUUAUACAGGUUCUGUGAUAGUCCAGACUGUUUAAUGGCAGUCUGGUGCUGGUCUAGACUGGUUUAUACUGGAUUAAAUAUGAAGAAUUAAGUGAAAUCUUUAAUAAAUAUAUAUGUAAAUAAAUGUGCUUCUGAAUCUGCUAACCCAACUACAGUAGUUUUGUCUUUUAUUUUAAAGAAGCACAGUGUGUCGUAUCUGUAGUCAAAGGGAUGUUUUUAUUCUGUGUAGAUGUUGCAUUCAUUUUAAAGUGUUUAAAUCAUUCCCGCACUCUAAUUAAAUCAAAACGAGGGAAUGAAUUAGUACAGCAUGGCCAUGAUUUAAUCAAACGAGGGAACGAGUUGAGGCGUGGGAACGAAUUCUCAAUUUGUGGCUGCAAUAAAUAUAUCUCUGUCAUGUGUGGCUCUGUACGUCACCCAUCUGAUUUGUGUUAAUUACUGUUCUGUGUUUAAUGUAAGUGAGUUUGUCAUUGCACUGUUUUAUUGUUGUAAAAAUAAUAAUGAAUCCAGCAUUUUCAGGCACUGAUUUUGCUGUGAAAGCUCUGAAGAUCUGACGUUAAAGAUCAAAGUGAACGCUGUAUUUGACAGCUAUCUGAUCUUGUAAACUCUGUGCUGUAAUUGCUCAUAUCGAUGCUGUCACGAGUUUAUUAAUCAGUGAAAUUCCUGUUUUGCUCUUCCUCCCAUCACGCUGCGGAGCGGGAAUACCGUGACAUUCCUGAUCUGUGUAUUUUCGGAGGAAUGUAAAUAGGGUUCCUGAUACGUCACAUAUGGACAGUCUGGAGGCUGCGGGUGAUGAGAUCAGUGGUAUGGCGCGCUGCCCGUACGACGCCAAACAUGCCAACGUGGCCCUGUUCGCCGAGGGGAAGUUAUACUCAGCCACGGUCACAGACUUCCUGGCAAUCGAUGCGGUGAUCUACCGCAGUCUGGGCGACAGUCCGACCCUCAGGACGGUCAAACACGACUCCAAAUGGCUGAAAGAGCCGUAUUUCGUCCAGGCGGUUGAUUACGGCGAGUUCAUCUACUUCUUCUUUCGGGAAAUCGCCAUGGAGUACAACAGCAUGGGGAAGGUGGUGUUUCCGCGUGUGGCACGCGUGUGUAAGAAUGACCGCGGCGGAUCACAGCGUGUGCUGGAGAAACAGUGGACGUCCUUCUUAAAAACGCGCCUCAACUGCUCCAUCCCGGGAGACUCGCACUUCUACUUCAACAUCCUGCAGGCCGUCACUGACGUCAUCCACAUCAGCGGGCGGGACGUGGUCAUGGCCACCUUCUCUACACCAUACAACAGCAUCCCAGGAUCGGCUGUCUGCGCGUACGACAUGGCGGAGAUCGCGGCGGCCUUCACCGGACGCUUCAAAGAGCAGAAGUCACCCGAUUCCACCUGGACGCCCAUCCCAGAGGAGAGAGUGCCCAGACCCAGGCCGGGCGUCUGCGCAGGAUCUUCCUCCGGAGAGAAAUUCAAAGUGUCCAACGAGUUUCCGGAUGAAACGCUGAACUUCAUCAAGCUUCACCCGCUGAUGGACGAGGCCGUUCCUUCCAUUGCCAAUCGCCCGUGGUUCCUCAAGACGAUGGUUCGGUACCGUCUGACACGUAUAGCCGUGGAUAAUGCCGCCGGCCCUCAUCGCAACCACACCGUGGUUUUCCUGGGAUCGGAGCGAGGGAUCGUGCUUAAGUUCCUGGCCAAGAUGCGGAGCGGCUUCCUCAACGACAGCCUGUUUCUGGAAGAGCUGAAUGUCUACAACCCGGAGAAGUGCAGCAUUGACGGCGUGGAGGACAAGCGCAUCAUCAGCAUGCAGAUCGACAGCAGGAGUCACUCUCUGUUCGUGGCCUUCACCUCAUGCGUGGUCAAAGUCCCGCUGUCCCGCUGCGAACGGCACGGCAAGUGCAAAAAGUCCUGUAUCGCCUCCAGGGACCCGUACUGCGGCUGGGUGUCAGAGGGCGCCUGUAAAGAAAUCUCUUUGGACCCGAAAUGGCCGUUCGAGCAGGACGUGGAACAGGGCAACACAGAUGGACUGGGCGACUGCCAAAAUUCGUUCGUGGCUCUCAAUGAACAUCAGCAGCGCAGGCAGCAGGGUGUGAACGAUAUUACCCAGAAUGCUGCACGCGCAGGCCUCCUCACCACCGUCCCUCCCGCCGCCGGGGGCCCGCAUGUCCGGGACCGCAUGGUCAAGCCGAAGGAGGCUGUGCCACCGGGCGAUCAGAGGGACCCGUAUGUGGCCGUUCCCUCAGAGACACAGCAGGAGAGCGCCGGGGUGAUCCGUGAGACGUACCACAGAGACCGUGAUCAGAUGGUUCCCGUGACGCUUCUGGCCAUCGCCGUCAUCCUCGCCUUCGUCAUGGGCGCCAUCUUCUCCGGUAUCAUCGUCUACUGCGUAUGUGACCACCACCGGCGACGGGACUUCGAGCUGCCUGGACGCAAAGACAAGGACUCGGUUCAGUCGAGACGAGGCUCCAUGAACAGCGUCACCAAGCUGACGGGGCUGUUCGAGACGCAAGCGAAGGACGGACGGCCGGAGGCAAUUCUGACGCCGCUCAUGCACAACGGCCGCUUGACCAACGGCAAGAUGCUCAUCAAAGCCGACCAGCACCUGGAUCUGACCGCCCUGCCCACGCCCGAAUCCACGCCCAUGCAGCCACGGCGCAAGCCCAGCCGGGGCAGCCGCGAGUGGGAGCGCAACCAGAACCUGAUCAACGCUUGCACCAAAGACUUGUCCUCCAUGGGCUCUCCGGUCAUCCCGACGGAUUUGCCACUGCGGGCGUCUCCGGGCCAUAUCCCCAGUGUUGUGGUGCUACCUUUGUCUCAACACCAGCAGGCUUACCAGCACGAGUACGUGGAGCAGCCACACCGAGGAGACCUUGCGGACGACCAGGCCGCCACGCUGGAGUACAAGUCCCUCAAGAGCCCGUGCCACGGCCUCGGCCUGGCGGAUGGCGAGGGAGCACCGCCGCGCGUCCCCCAGCGAGAGGCGUCUCUGAGCGCCGUGGUCCCACCAGCUGUCCCGCAGAUGGGCAAGAGGCUGGACGUGCAUUCAUCUGUGUACGGCCGCGGAUACCCCAUGAGCUCGGGGCUCAAGAAACAGCACAACACCAACUCGUCCAACUCGUCCCACAUGUCCAGGAACCACAGCUUCCGCGUGGAGACGCCUCCGCCCGCCCCGCAGCGAGUGGACUCCAUGCACGUCACCUCUCCGCCGCCGGUCCUCGGCGUGUCGCGCCACCCGAGCCUGAGCUCGUACGGCUCUCUCUCCAGGCAGCUCAAGCCCGACGUCCCUCCUAAACCGUCGCUGGUGUCCCUUUCCACGAAAGUCAAGUCCAGCGACUCCUGCACAUAAUCGCUGCGGGGCAAAGACGGGGAACAUGAAAGUGCGUCUGCUUUGUACAGCUGUGUACAGGAAAUGCAACUCACUUUUCUUUUCGUUUUGUAUAUUUUGUAAUACAUGUCGAGCUCAGGCUGACGAGUCCCUGUCCCAGAGGACGAGCGUCUGCUAUCGAAAGGAGGAACUCCGGCUGAGAAGGCGGUGGCGUGGUUGCCAAAAGCACAUCAGAGGCGGGCACAAUUGUACAGUCCUUUUCUUGGACGAACUCGGACGCACGGCGUAAAAGAGCCAUCAGAGUUUACGAUGGAAAACUGUGAAAAGCCGCCGCCUGUCUCAGUGUUACCGUUACUGGACAAAGCAAUCGAGUUCUGCCUUCGUGCAAGAGUUCAACACGUCUACUGAAACUGUCGAAUAAAUAACACGUGACUGUUAAUACUAAUAGCAGGUUGUAUUUAUUUUUUAAUAAAGUGCUUUUGCAGAGAAAGUACGUCUCUUUUAGGCUCUGAAGAGACGGGAACAACGGUUUUAAUUUGAAUUAAUCAAGUGUGAAAUUAUUUAAAGUCAUUAAACUGGAGCCAGUACUUCUAACUCUUUGGACAUUGCUAAGCAAAGUCAGAGACGACAGAAGCGUCCGUACGGAAGGAAUAUUUCUCGAGCCGUGCCAGACGGGCUUGUGGGAAGAGCUUACAGCCCUCAGACAGGAACUCCUGAAUCUCACCUCUUCAUCAUCACCGGUCCGUCCAAAAGAUGCGUGGAGGACGAGCCGCACUUAAGACGCUUUCAAACGUACGUUUUUCUCAUCCCGUCCACAAUCGUGUCCGAACAAGCCUGUUUUUCUCCUUCCACCUGUAAAUUUGUGCCUUACACCCCUGAGUAGUGAAGCGUUUGUUAGCUGUUAAUUGUCGUAGUUCUUAUGAUGACGUUUGUUUCCCUCGUUUGAUUAAAAAAAGACACAAAAAAACACGUAAUUGAAGAAUGUAGGUGUUGUCGUCGUCGUUGUCGACUCUGGUCCCUUUGCUAACCACAAAUGACUUUGUGCUUGAUUUCUGAUUGUGCCAAUGAAUCGUUGGAGUCGGCCCUCUCUCUCGUCGUGCUGGAAGAAUGUUUGAUUUCGUUUGUCAUUUUUUUUUACUUUUCACAAAGUCGAGAUGAUGUUUUUACACUGUUUGUAGAUGACUUGUCGUGUAUCUGUGGAUCUGGCUGCUUCGAGGCAAUAAGAGAAAAACACACGAACAAAUCAGAUAAGACGUUUGUCCCAAACACACACAUGAGCUUUCUAAUGUAUAUGAUCAAACACAGUUUUUAGGCAGUGAAUACAGGCUGGCUCCUGUGUAGAUAUGCACUCCAAUAAUAUUAGGAAACAGAUUAAUGUUUUCAAUGUUUGUGACAGAUUCCGAUUAAUAUAAUUUUCUAGCUCUAUGGUUGUGAUGUAAUAUGAGGGAUUGUUAUUUAACUAUUUUGACACACGUUUUAUUGAACUUGACGUCCAGGAAUCUAGUUUUGGCUUUGUAAAUGUUGAAUCGAGCCGACUCGAAAUCGGUGCCGUCUGAAUUUAUCCGCUCUCCUCCUGCGGACGGAGGUUCCCUUGAUGGUGCCUUUCUAGACGAGUUUGUAUUCUUGUAUGAUAUGGUUUUGUCACCGGCCCUCUCCCACAUCUGAUUCACAGCUAAAUGUAUGUUGUAAAGAAAUUCUCUUUAAUAAAUGGAAAAAAGUAAUAAAAGCAUUUCAGAUUCUUGUCA